UAAAAAAAGAAAACAAAUUGACAUAUCUACAAUCAACACACAAUUACAGAAUUAGUAGAGACGAAGUAACCGGGGAGAGGGAAGUCUGAGCUUCCAUGCUUUAGGCUGCUGCCCCCGCUACCCGACCUCGGAUAAUCGGAAGAAGAUGGAUGGAUGGAUACAAAAAAUUUGGAAAGUAACCGUAAUCACUGAAAUUGAGGGGACUUUAUCAGAAGAUGUGGCUCAAGCGUGUCAGGACACUUAGACACCUAAAGAGGGUAGUAUUGUGCAGCCGAGCUCUCUCUAGCGGAAAUUAACAAAAAAAAGUCAAACUGUCAUGUGACUAUCAACAUGGCUGCCAAGCUAACAAGCGAACAUUUCGACAACUUGCAGCUUCUUCUUAAGGCUCCGUCCAAAGAUGCCGUGAAGGACGUUUGCAUGGCAAGUUAUCGAGGUCUUAAUCGCCAAUUGACUCAGAGCACAGCUGCCACGCUCUCCAUCCCUGAAGCUCAGGCUGCACAGAUCCUCCAUCUUUUCCCUGAGGCAUUCCACUCCAGCCUGAGGAACCUGCUUACCAAGAUCCUUCUGGAGAACAGUGCGGCAUGGAAAACAGAAGCCGUCAGUAAUCAGAUCUCGCUCCCACAGCUGAAGGAACUGGACUGGAGGGUGGACAUGGUGACAAGUUCAGACUCUGUCAGUCGCAUGUGCGUCCCGACCUGCCUGGUCCAGUUCAAGACAGAGGAUCUGUGUCCCUCUGGGGGUCGUCAGUCUGUUGCCGUGGAAACAGUGGAGCUGAGCAGAGAGACUGUGGACACCAUGCUGGACGGACUAGGACGCAUCCGGGACCAACUGUCUGUGGUCGCUGGAAAAUGAAAGCUUCGUGAGAGACUGGCUGCCUCGGAUGUUGACAUCAUCAAUGUGGUCGAGCCUUAUGUUGACUAAUGCAAAAUAACUACUGUAUUUUCAGUUUUUUUAUUAUUACAAUUGCAUUAUGAAUUAUAUAAAUAACUAUUCUGUAAUUCAUAAUGAAACAUUAAAUUGUCAUAUUUUUUUCCAUUA